CUCUCAUACAUCGUCCGUCACUUGUUUUUGCUUCUUUUUGAGUAAAAUUGAGCAUUGUUGGUGUGUGUAUUUGAGAUUCAAUUUUUUUUAGGGUUACACUAAGGAAAUAUGCCGCCUAAGAAAGACGCAAAGGGCUCGUCCAAGCAGCCCCAAAAAACCCAAAAGAAAAAAGAAGGAGGAUCUGGUGGCAAAGCCAAAAAGAAGAAGUGGUCCAAAGGAAAGGUUCGUGAUAAGUUGAAUAAUCAAGUAUUGUUCGACAAAGCAUCUUAUGACAAAUUACUGAAAGAAGUUCCAUCGUACAAACUUAUUACCCCAUCUGUUGUUAGUGAACGUUUGAAGGUUCGUGGAUCAUUAGCAAGAAAAGCUUUGGAUGAGCUCCGCCAAAAAGGUCUUAUCAAACAAGUAAUACAACACCAUGCCCAAGUAAUAUAUACAAGGGUAACAAAGGGAGAUGAAUAAGAAUGUUUUUGUAUAAUAAUUAUUUUAUUAAAUAUAAAAAACUGUAAAAAAAAUA